ACUCACCGGUGCUGAAGCUGCGCGCCUCCCGAAGAUUCCAGCAUCCCGCGUCCUUUCACAGCUACAGUAUGGAUCAUGAUGCCUUUUAUCGCCUGAAAAACUUCUCUUCGUUUUGUUUUGUCGCUUUACUCAUCACGUUCGCAUCAUCUCGCGAUUUAAUAUUCGUUGGAAUCGGUAACCUGACACAUCAACUCGGUUUUUGGUAGUUAUGCUUGUCAGUUUGACUCUCGCGCAACUGCGCUCAAUAAACUGACGCUUUUAUUUAGUUGCACUUCAGCACCACCAAAAAGCGCAGAGAGAUUUCUGGAGUGAAUCACCGUCUAAACACUCAGCUGGAGCAGAACCAGUGUCAUGGGGCCCUUACUCUGGGAAGGGCGCCUGUCAUGUUUUCUUCUCCAUGCUUCUGUUCUCCUGCUGCUCAGCAAGGGGGAGCGGAUGUGCCCUGUGAGUUGCCGCUGCGAAGGCAAGAUUGUUUACUGCGAGUCUGGCGCCUUUCAAGACGUCCCGGAGAACAUCUCUCUAGGGUGCCAGGGUCUAUCCCUGCGGUACAACAGCCUCUUGUUGUUGCUACCUUACCAGUUUGCUCACCUCAACCAGCUGGUCUGGCUCUACCUGGACCACAAUUCCAUCAGCGUAGUGGAUAGACUGGCUUUCCAGGGACUUCGCAGGCUAAAGGAACUAAUCCUAAGCUCUAACAAGAUUGCGCAGUUGCAAAACGGCACCUUUGAGACUGUCCCAAACCUGCGCAACCUUGACCUGUCCUACAACCAGCUGCAGGACUUGAUGCCGGGGCAUUUUCAUGGACUACGCAAGCUUCAGAAUCUUCACCUGCGAUCAAACAACAUCAAAAGCAUCCCUGUCCGUACUUUUAUGGAAUGUCGAAGCCUGGAGUUUCUAGAUUUGGGUUACAAUCGCCUACGGACUAUAACUCGUACGACCUUUCUGGGACUGCUCAGGCUGACGGAACUCCACCUUGAGCACAAUCAAUUUUCCAGGAUUAACUUUUUCCUGUUUCCACGCCUCUUGAAUCUGCAGGCUCUUUAUCUGCAAUGGAAUCGCAUACGGUCGGUCGUCCAAGGUUCGCCUUGGACUUGGCACACUUUACAGAAAUUGGAUCUAUCAGGCAAUGAGAUUCAAGUUUUGGAUCCUGCUAUUUUUAGGUGUUUGCCCAACUUGCAUAUGCUCAAUCUGGAGUCUAACAAGAUCAGCAACGUGUCCCAGGAAGUUGUUUCAUCGUGGAUCUCCAUUAGCACUAUCAACCUGGCAGGAAACAUAUGGGACUGCGCUUCCCACUCGCUUCCAUUUUGGCUAAAACCAGGGUACAUUAAAAGGUGGCCCUUACUCUGGGAAGGGCGCCUGUCAUGUUUUCUUCUCCAUGCUUCUGUUCUCCUGCUGCUCAGCAAGGGGGAGCGGAUGUGCCCUGUGAGUUGCCGCUGCGAAGGCAAGAUUGUUUACUGCGAGUCUGGCGCCUUUCAAGACGUCCCGGAGAACAUCUCUCUAGGGUGCCAGGGUCUAUCCCUGCGGUACAACAGCCUCUUGUUGUUGCUACCUUACCAGUUUGCUCACCUCAACCAGCUGGUCUGGCUCUACCUGGACCACAAUUCCAUCAGCGUAGUGGAUAGACUGUCUUUCCAGGGACUUCGCAGGCUAAAGGAACUAAUCCUAAGCUCUAACAAGAUUGCGCAGUUGCAAAACGGCACCUUUGAGACUGUCCCAAACCUGCGCAACCUUGACCUGUCCUACAACCAGCUGCAGGACUUGAUGCCGGGGCAUUUUCAUGGACUACGCAAGCUUCAGAAUCUUCACCUGAGAUCAAACAACAUCAAAAGCAUCCCUGUCCGUACUUUUAUGGAAUGUCGAAGCCUGGAGUUUCUAGAUUUGGGUUACAAUCGCCUACGGACUAUAACUCGUACGACCUUUCUGGGACUGCUCAGGCUGACGGAACUCCACCUUGAGCACAAUCAAUUUUCCAGGAUUAACUUUUUCCUGUUUCCACGCCUCUUGAAUCUGCAGGCUCUUUAUCUGCAAUGGAAUCGCAUACGGUCGGUCGUCCAAGGUUCGCCUUGGACUUGGCACACUUUACAGAAAUUGGAUCUAUCAGGCAACGAGAUUCAAGUUUUGGAUCCGGCUAUUUUUAGGUGUCUGCCCAACUUGCAUACUCUCAAUCUGGAGUCUAACAAGAUAAGCAACGUGUCCCAGGAAGUUGUUUCAUCGUGGAUCUCCAUUAGCACUAUCAACCUGGCAGGAAACAUAUGGGACUGUAGCUCUAGUAUCUGCCCUCUGGUGUCUUGGCUGAGAAACUUCAGGGGAACUAGAGAUGCCAGCAUUAUUUGCAGCACUCCCAAAUCCCUUCAGGGAGAAAGAGUCAUGGACGCAGUGAGGAACAACUCUAUGUGCGAGGAGAUAUUCACCGUGGAACCGACCACGGAAUUAGCUCUUCUUUUGACUACAACUACGACAACUCUUUAUGUAACAAAGCCACCCACAACCCCCACCACAACCCCACGCACCACAACUAGACAGCUUUCUCAAGUUACCCACGUACAAAGAGUCACCCCAAAGGUUUUAUUCCCUGUUCAGUCCAACAACGAAUUCCUACCACCCCUAACGGUAACACCUAGCAGUCUACCCUUCACCCCCGAACCUGAGUUUGAGCAUAUGACCUUCCACAAGAUCAUCGCCGGCAGCGUUGCCCUAUUUCUCUCGGUGUCUUUAAUCCUAUUAGUGAUUUACGUGUCGUGGCGACGAUACCCUAACAGCAUGAGGCAACUCCAGCAGCACUCCAUUCGACGCAAGCGCAGGAAAAAGCCUCGAGAGCCUGAGCACAACAUCAACACUCAACUUCAAGAGUAUUACCUAAGCUACAACCAUGCCAAUGCCGAGACCAUGGACUCUUUGGUUAACGGGGCAUGCACCUGCACCAUCUCGGGCUCCAGAGAGUGCGAGGUAUGA